AUGAAGCCCAUAAAAGUUUUCUGUGCUCUCAACCCUGAAAAUGCUGAAUCUUCCGAAACCACGCCCGAAUCUCAGCCCGAACCGGUUGACCCUGUGAAGCUCGCUUUCAGCAAAGCCAAGGCGUACAGAGAAUCGCUGAAAUCGAACUCUGAUUUGAAAGUUGAGCAAAACAUUGCUGCAAGUUCGGUUGAAAAAUCAAAUGGGAAUGACGGGUUGAGUUCGGGUCAAAAUGUUGUUGAUUAUGUUGGGCAGAAGGAAGUGCCACCGUCUCUGAAGAUCGCAAUGGAGAAAGCCAAGAAGUACAGGGAGAAUAGAGGGGGCGUGGUUGAUGAAACGGGUCAAGGAUUGCAGGGAGAGAAUGGAGGGUCUUCAAGAAGUAAUAUUGUGGAUAAUAGUGUUGGUAAGAAGGGACAACUGUCAGUUUCGAAAAUGGAUUUCAUGGGACUUGAAUUUGCGGAUAAGAAAAAUACGAGGGGACUGCCACCUGGAUUGGUUCCAAUUUCUGACUCUUUCUCAAGAAGUGAUAUGCCUGAGGUGGAGCUGAUUGUUGGGGACACGAGCAAGUUUGAUGCUGCAACAACAGCUCCCAGGCCUGAGCAAACUGAGGAAGAUGAAUCAGCUCUUUACAAGCCAAAAGUUUCUACACGGGGUGUCUUUCCUCGAACCAGCAAUAUUUCAAAAACAUACGGUGGAGGAAGAGUGAUACGUCCUGGGGAUGCGCUAGAGACUGAAGAAGAAAAAUCUGCUAAAGAAGAACGAACAAGACAAUUACUUGCUGCUUACAAGAAGAAAAUUGGGUUAAAUAUUGAUCCAAAGAUAAAAUCUGAGUGUGAGGAGGAAUUGAAGGAAGCUGACUCAUUAAUGAAUGCUGGAAAGCUGAGAGAAGCAUUGCCGUUCUAUGAAAAGGUUAUGGAGAAAUUAACUUUUAAGAGUGAGCUGCAUGGAUUGGCUGCUUUGCAGUGGUCAAUUUGUCAAGACUCCCUCAGCAGCUCGACUUAUGUAUGA